AUGCGCCGGCCCGCAGGAAACUCGAUCAUCAUGGUGCAACUUAACGCCGAGAUCGUGGCCGCCGCCGCCGCAGCAGUCAACUUCACCCAAGUUGCACUUACACCUCCUCUAAACUGGGUUGCCGGAGACUUCCUAUUCCCAUCGCAGAUUAUCGCUGGGUAUCACGCCUCAUUGACGGAGUACGACGCCGCGGGUUGGUACGCGUAUGUACUCGACGCCUGCCAGUCCUACUCGGCUUGUACGUCAGCAUCUGCUUUUCAGGGAACGAAUAGUGGUAGCACAGGCGGUCGGUACUGGUUUGGCUAUGUAUAUCGGGGCGGUGCAACGGAUGAGUCGUUCUACGUUCGCGAUGAGGACGCCGCCUCAAAUGUGACGGAUUCGGUCGCGUACACGAUUGUCGGGUAA